CCGCGGGCGGCGAGCGAGCGCCCGCCCGCCCGGGGCCGGGCAUGUGCGGCGGGGCGACGGGCAGGGCGCCCGGGCAAGGGCGUUUGAAGGAAACGUGAGGCGAGGCGGCGGCGGCGGGAUGGAGGCGGCGCCGCGGCGGAGCCCCGAGCCGCGGGAGAAGCCGCCGCUGCUGGACGGGGAGGCGGCGGGGGCGCCCGCGGGGGCGUCGGGCGCGGCCCCGGCCUCGCCGGCGGCGACGGAGCAGAUCGUGGCGGAGGGCGAGGCGGCGGCGGCGGGCACGUUCGUGCAGCGGCAGCUCGGGGCGAUGCUGCAGCCCGCCGUGAACAAGUUCUCGCUGCGCAUGUUCGGCAGCCACCGGGCCGUGGAGAUCGAGCGGCAACGGGUGAAGUCGGCGGGCGCCUGGAUUAUCCAUCCCUACAGCGACUUCAGGUUUUACUGGGACCUCAUCAUGCUGCUCCUGAUGGUGGGGAAUUUGAUCAUCCUGCCCGUGGGCAUCACCUUCUUCAAGGAUGAGAACACCCCUCCCUGGAUCGUUUUCAACGUGCUUUCGGACACUUUCUUCUUGGCUGACCUGGUGCUGAACUUCCGGACAGGCAUCGUGGUGGAGGACAACACGGAGAUCAUCCUUGACCCUCACACCAUCAAAAUGAAGUACUUGAAGAGCUGGUUCCUGGUCGACUUCAUCUCCUCCAUCCCUGUUGACUACAUUUUCCUCAUUGUUGACCUGGAGACCCAGGUGGAUUCUGAUGUCUACAAGACAGCCCGGGCCUUGCGCAUCGUGCGCUUCACCAAGAUCCUCAGCCUGCUGCGCCUGCUGCGCCUCUCGCGCCUCAUCCGCUACAUCCACCAGUGGGAGGAGAUCUUCCACAUGACGUAUGACCUGGCCAGCGCCGUGGUGAGGAUCUUCAACCUCAUCGGGAUGAUGCUGCUGCUGUGCCACUGGGAUGGCUGCCUCCAGUUCCUGGUGCCCAUGCUGCAGGACUUCCCUGAGGACUGCUGGGUCUCCAAGAACCACAUGGUGAACGACUCGUGGGGCAAGCAGUACUCGCACGCCCUGUUCAAGGCCAUGAGCCACAUGCUCUGCAUCGGCUACGGGCAGCAGGCGCCCGAGGGCAUGACCGACGUGUGGCUCACCAUGCUCAGCAUGAUCGUGGGGGCCACCUGCUACGCCAUGUUCAUCGGCCACGCCACCGCCCUCAUCCAGUCGCUGGACUCGUCCCGGCGCCAGUACCAGGAGAAGUACAAGCAAGUGGAGCAGUACAUGUCAUUCCACAAGCUGCCUGGGGACACGCGCCAGCGGAUCCACGAGUACUACGAGCACCGCUACCAGGGCAAGAUGUUUGACGAGGAGAACAUCCUGGGGGAGCUCAGCGAGCCGCUCAAAGAGGAAAUCAUCAACUUCAACUGUCGCAACCUGGUGGCCAACAUGCCCCUGUUCGCCAACGCGGACCCCAACUUUGUGACGGCCAUGCUGACCAAGCUGCGCUUCGAGGUCUUCCAGCCUGGGGACUUCAUCAUCCGUGAGGGCACCGUGGGCAAAAAGAUGUACUUCAUCCAGCACGGCGUGGUCAGCAUCCUCACCAAGGGCAACAAGGAGACAAAGCUGUCUGAUGGCUCCUACUUUGGGGAGAUCUGCCUCCUGACGCGGGGCAGGCGCACGGCCAGCGUGAGAGCCGACACCUACUGCCGCCUCUACUCCCUGUCCGUGGAUAACUUCAACGAGGUGCUGGAGGAGUACCCCAUGAUGCGCAGGGCCUUCGAGACGGUGGCCAUGGACCGGCUGGACCGCAUAGGGAAGAAGAACUCCAUCUUGCUCCGCAAGCGAGCCGAGCACAGCUCGGGGCCCCUGAACAACGAGAUGAUCCAGCAGAUCGUGAAGCACGACCAGGACAUGGCCCACAACAUCCAGGACCUGCAGCAGAUGGCGAUGGGCCGGGAGCUGAGCGGCAAGCCGGUGAUCUGGGAGCCGCUGGUGCACGCCCCGCUGCAGACGGCCGCCGCCACCACCAACGUGGCCAUCGCGCUGACCCACCAGCACAGCCUGCAGGCUCACAUCUUCCUGCCGCCCUCCUCCAUCUCCAGCCCGCUCUCUCCCGAAGCCACGCUGCUCACCAAGCCGGUGCGCCGCUCCCAGCCCAGCCUGGGGGGCUCCCGGCCCUCCUCCGUGAGCUCCCCCUCCGGGGCGCAGUCCCACCUGCAGACGCCGGCCGCCGGUUCGCCUUCCUCGCCCAUGGUCCAGCCCCAGGCGCCGCUGGAGGGCGGGGGGCAGAGAGCCGGCCCCGGGGCGCAGCCCCUGCCCCGCGCGGCGCAGAGGGGGGAGAUGCCGGCGGGGGCCAAGCAGCCCCCGGCCGGCCCCCAGCCCCAGCUCUCCCGGUCCCGCGGCGCCUCGGUCUCCACCUCGCUGCUGCAGCAAGCGGCGGGCGCCGCGUCCCCCAGCUCCGAGCAGGCGCUGCCGCCGGGGAGAACGCUCCACUACAGCCUGUCCCGAGCCACCGGCUCCCACAUCUCCCUCCUGAUGCAGCCCCAGCAGCUGGUGAAGCACAGGAGCAUCCAGGGCCUGCCGGUGGGGCGGCUCACCCAGGAUGUCCGGCUCCUCUCUGCCUCCCAGCCCUCCCUUCCCAAUAAAGUGGCCCAGCAAGCCGACGGGAGCUCCUUGAAGCAGGGCAGGAAAUCUGCAGGGAACCUGGCCCGCAGGUCCUCGCCCUCGGUAGCCGGACUCCUGGCCAAGCCGUGUGCGGGGAUGCCAGGUCAGCCCGCGCACUCGCAGCAGAUGCCUUCAGGAUCGCUGGCUCAGCCCGGCCGCUCCGCCGCGGGAGCGUCCACUCCCCAGUCCCCGGGCUCCGCGUCCAGGCAGGCAGCAGGUCCCUCCCGCAAGGGCUCCGUGGCCUUCAGCCCCGAGGUGGAAACGGCGAAGCCCAAACUCCCAUCCAACAUGUGAGUCCUGGCGGCGCCCACACAGGCAGGAGGGAGCCGGGCAUCCCGGCGGCAGAGGAGGCAGGAGAAGCAGAGCGCCAGCCCCGCCGUGUCGGAGGGAAAAUGAGGUGAGAGGCACCGGGCGGGGCCAUGGAGGGGCUGUUUCAGGCACGGGGACACGGCAGGGAUGAACACGGGGCCAGCCCCAGAGCUGGCCCAGCUGGGUGAGGAGGGGGCUCUGCUGACUGCCCCAAGGGCAGGGGGUCACCCUGCCCUUGCUCAUCACCAUCUGUGAGUUCUGCCCUCCUGCCGGAGGCAUAGGACAGGUCAGAGCCCUUGCCCAAGCUCUGGCCUCUCUGGGGAGCUCAGCUCCCCAUAACUGUCCCUUGGGGGCUGGGCCCCCCACGCUCUGUGCCGCGUGUCCCACAGCCUGUCCUCGGGGCAGGCUGACGCUGGCAGCUCCUCCAGCUUGUCCUCUGUCACAGCAGGGGCUGCCCGAUGCCCACCUCGAUCCCCAGAUUGCUCUGCCCAGCCCCUUUGCCUUUAGGGUGAGCAGGCAGAGGCACCCCCUGGGCCCUUUGCCCGGGUGGAGGGAGAAGGCUGGAGCCCAUGGCAGGGGCCCCCCGGGCAGGCAGAGCAUGAGGGUCCAGGGUCAGCACUCCCCCUUUCCAGAGUGCCAGGACCACCUGGGGGUCCUGGGCAGGGCUCCCCUGGUGUGAGGAGUGCCAAGGGGCAACGCUGGGGGCAGAGGAGCAGCCCCCCAGUCCCUCUCCCCAGCUUGUGGGACCGUUUUGCCUCAGAGGUGCUGAGUGCCAGAGGUUGGGAUGUGCUGCUGGGCAGGGCUCUGCCCCACACCCGGGCACUGUGGCUGCCCCUCCACAGGGGCAGCCUGGGGGGAUUCUGCAGCUCCAGGAGGAUGCUCAGA